CUUUAUUUAAUUGAUCAUAGGUGUAUAGUUUUUUAGGAAAUGUCAAAUAAAAAAGAAGAAUUGUAAACAGUUACAAUUUUGUAUGAAAAUUAAUAUCAUUAACUUACUUUAAGCGAUCUUAGCAUUUUAGACGAUUAUCCAUAGGAUUUUUAGGAUUUAAAUAAUAUUAAUAAUAGUCUCAAUUAAGAUAUUGAAUGUAAAUAUCCAAAGUUUGAAGUUGUAAAAUGUUAAGAUCAUUAUGAAUUAAGAUAGAAUCCUUAAUAAAAUUUGAAUAUUAGUAAUCUGAAAAAUCAAAAUAUCAUCCAUUUUAGCUUUUAAUUUAAAUAAAUUGAAAAAAAUGAAUUAAAAACUAUUAUGAUAUAUUAUGUAGUUUUAUGUUAUGGACAAGGUUUUUUAUAGAAAAAAACAAUAGAUAAACUAAAAGGAUACAUAGAAAAAAUUCAAAUUCAAGAAAAAAAUAAAAAAUAGAUUUUAUUAUACUUUUGGUAGCAUGUUCUUCAAUUUUAAUUUUAAGAAGAUAUGGUCUAAUAUCUUAAUAAGAUUCCAUAAAAAAUAAAAAAAUAUGGUUGCUUAUAUAUGGCUGAUAUAAUUAUCUCAAAUGAUUAGUUGCAAAAAAGUUAAAUAAUUUAUUAAAUUUUUAAAAAUCUUUCUUUGGAUUUUACCGAAUUAAAAGAAAAAACUUAGAAUAUAAUAGCUGGUGAAAUAACCCUUUAACCUAUAAUUAGUUAAGAAAAUGAAUCUUUAUUAAUCAUAUAUAUUAAAAAUAUAACGUAAAGUUUAACAUAAUUACCUCAAAAAUCUGAAACAUAGAAAGUUUCAUAUUAAUUACAUGAUAUUAAUAUUGGCUCAAAAUUGUUUUAAUACAAUGAGGAUUGGAAAUUUUCGAUACUUUCAAAAAUUUUAUUUGACUUUUAGUAAUAGUAUAAUUAAGAAAGUAAUAAAGGUAUUAUCAGACACUUCUUUAAUAAAAUUAGAAAUAAUUAAAAUACAAAAAAAGAUGAAAAGUAAUUUAUUGAAAACUAUCAAAAAUUAAAAGAUGAAAAAGAAUUAGAUAAAAAAACUUCAGAUUAUUUAUCAUAAAGUAUUUUUGAUUACUUGGAUUUAAAAGAUAUACCUACUUUUCAAUAUAUAAAUUAUAAUUAAGCAAAGUAAUUAAUAGAAGUUAUUUAGCAUAAAUUUAAUGAAUUAAAAGUUAGAGUUAAUCUAAGGCUUUUUAAAAUCAGUGAUCAUCAAAAUAUAAGCAGGGAAAAUAAUCUGGAUAUAGUUUUAUUUUAUACAGAAAGAAAAAUAGUUUUUUAAAAGUUUACAAUUUAUUGCAGUUAAUCUCCUAAUAAGUAAUAAUCGCCAUUUAAAAAAUUUAUAAUUUUAUUCCUUUUUAUUAGAUAAUAGUAAUGUGAAAAAUAAUAAAUGGAGGUUUCAACAAUUUAGGAAGAUGAGGAAGCAAAAGGUAAAUAGGAAAUUAAAAUAAUGAAAACAGCAUAAUAGUCUAUUUAAUAGCCUGAUCUUUUAAAAUAUAAGUAAGAUAAUUAAACUUAUAAUACACCUUAAACUAAUAAGACUAAUAAUUCUGUAAAUUAAAAUUAAUUGUAAGAAUGUGUUAGCGAAUUUUAAAAUGUGGAUGAAAACGAAGGAUAUAAUAAAUUUGUUAAUUAACCACACACACAAUAGUUUAAUCAAAGCAAAAAUUUAGCUUUUAACACAUAAAAUAGUAUGAACUCAAGCAAUUUAACAAGUUUAUAACAUGAUUAGCAAUUAGGCACUAAUUAAUCUGAAUCAUAAAAAAAAUAAAAUUAAAGCUUUGCAAACUUUAGUUAUUAUACUCCUCCUUCUAUAACACAAUAAUUUAAUCAGAACACAAAUAUAGAAAUUAACACAUAAAAUGGUAUGAGCUUAAGCAAUUUAAGAAGUUAAUCUUUUUAACAUAAUUAACAAUUAGGCAUUAAUUAAUCUGAAUUAUAAAAAAAUUAAAAUUAAAGUUUUUCAAGCACAAUUUAAAUUACUCCUCUUUCUUAAACACAAUAAUUUAAUCAGAACAAAAAUAUAGAUCUUAACACAUAAAAUGGUAUGAGCUCAAGCAAUUUAAAAAGUUAAUCUUUUUAACAUAAUUAGUAAUUAGACACUAAUUAAUCUGAAUUAUAAAAAAAUUAAAAUUAAAAUUUUGCAAGCACAAUUUAUAAAACUCCUCCGUCUAAAAAUUAAUAGAGUGAUAGCUAAAUCAGAACAAAUUAAAAAUAAAGUGGCUUGUAAGAUAAUAAAAAAGAAACAAGUUCUUUAUCUUAUUAAAUGGAUUAAUAAAUUGAAGAUAAGCUUAAGUAAUGUAAAGUAAUUUAAAUAUGCUAAAGCUGUAACAAAAAUGAAAGAUAAAUUUUUAUAACAAAAGAUAUAUUAUGUAAUACUUGUUUUUAACGUAAGGCAAGUAAAUACUUAUGA